ACAGACUACCCCCACCGCCCCUUCUUCUAUAUCCCUCAAUUUCAGUCUCUAUGCAUUAACAAAAAACACACACACACACACUUAAAAUUAACUAAAAAAACAACUAGUCAUAUUGAGAAUCGCUUCGAUCGUUGCUAAAUUCAUGCGAAAAAUUGAUUCUUUUCUAUUACGCCCACUCUUUGCCGUUUAGGAGUUUAUUGCAAAUACAUUUGGUACACGUGUUCUUUUGUGAAUGGUGGUGAUCAACCAGUGUCUUGGCUUUUAAUUUCAAGGAAUUGGGAGGGAAUUUUGAAGUGUUUGUUAUUAGGUUUUUUGUGGGUUUUGUGAGUGCUUUUUUGGGUUAAAGUUUGGUUCUUUGAUUGGGAAGGUGAUUAUGCUGGAUUUCAGGAUAGAGGUUGGGUUUGGGUUUGGGAGAAUUUGAGCACUUUGGGGUGAGGUUUAGGGUUAGAGUUCUGGGUUAUUUGUGGCCCAGGAUGGUUCAGGAGCCUGAGCUUGAUCAAGGAGAGACUUGCUAUUACAGUGAUGAUGCUACUACUGAUCCUGAUGUAGCUCUCUCUUACAUUAAAGAUUUCGAAGGUGGAGUUUGUGCGGAAAAUUUGGGGGAAAAAUUUGGUGGGUAUGGUUCAUUUUUACCCACUUAUCAACGGUCUCCUUCAAUUUGGUCGCAGCCAAAAUCUCCACCAAGAGUUCAAAAGUCCCACUUGUCUGGAUCUCCUAAUGCCUGUCCGGAGGGACCCAACCCUAAAUCAGUCACACGUUUGACUCGGGGGGAUGAUGCAUCUUCCCCCAGUGUGCGCUCUAGCAGACAAAAGGCAACUUUAUCUUCUGGUAAAGUUUCCGAGACAUUCACAGGAAAAGUUGAACCUCCUUCUAGUAAGUUAGACAUUCCGCUGAGAUGAAAGGCUCGCCAGUGGAGUCGGUUUCUUCAUCUCCCAUGAAGAUGCUCUAUCAGAACCAGGUGUCACCAAUGAUGACCGAGACUGCAGGGAGAGUUGAUUUUAGGUUCGACGUUGCUUCAGUAAGCAGUGCGAAGAAACAGGAGAUGGAUAAGACUUCCAGAUUCGGCACAUUUAGGAGGAGAAAAUCUGGCCUAACCAUGGACAAUGGCUCGAAAAAUUUAGAUUCAAAGAACAAACCAAUUAAAGAGACAGCCAUUAACGACAAUGAUCAUGCACCCAAACAUGAAGUGUUGAGCAACAUGAGACAUCCUCUCUCCGGCGAUUUCAGCCUCGAGUCUGGUCAAAACAGUCCGGCUGUUGGUAAGAACAGUAUCCGAAAAUUGAAGGACAGCAGUAGUGAGAAGCAACCUAUACAGAGAGAACGUGAUAAAAAUGAGUCAGAAUUGAAUAAUCCCUGCAGAAGCAAUGCUGUGCAUCAGAGCCAUAAACACGAUCCUCCAACAAGAAUAGAGCCAAGUUCCGCUCUGAUGGAACCGUGGAGUGGAAAGGUCCGCAUUGACCUGCGUCAAGGACAAGACGCAGUUCUUCCUAGCAAACAAGCAUCAGGGCCAUUGGGUCCCUUUAAAAAGAGUCCUAUGGACUCAAGACCCCACAAUGAGUCUGUACCUGGCGAUACAUCAAAAUAUCGAAAAGGCACUACUAACGAAAACGUCAUUAAUAAAGAAGCAGAGAAACGAUCUUUACCUCUAGAUGCAAGCCUUUGGAACAAGAAUGUCUCUAGUGCUGCUGCUUUGAAAGAAGCUGAAGGCAUCCUAAAAGAAGCAGAAGAACUUAGCACCCAUGCUGAUCUAAUCAAGAGUUCUGGUUUUAGCUCUGAAAGUAAUUAUGAAUACUUUAAAGCUUCGCUAAAGUUUCUUCACGGAGCUUCACUUCUGGAAGUCUGUGAUGCAGAGCCUAGCAAACAGAUGGAGACGAGUCCAAUGCAAAUGUAUGGUGCUGCUGCCCAACUUGCAAGUGAGUAGAUACUCAGAACUUGAGUCCUUUGCAGCUUCUCAUUCUGUGGCAAACCUUUUUUGAUAUAUUAUUAGGGUAAGACCUGCAAUGGAAGGGAAGAAUAUGUGCAAGUGAAUAUGAAAAAGGCCAUGAAUUUCCCUUUGCUGCUUUGGCAUAUAAAUGCAUGGAGGUGGCUUACCUGAAGGUAGUUUAUUGCAAAAGCUCAUCAGCAUGCAGAUUUUGCCAAGAUUUGCAAUCGAGUCUGCAAAUGGUUCCACAGGGUGAAUCUCCGUCAUCUUCCCCUUCUGAUGUUGAUAACUUGCAUAAUUUUGCAAUGGCGGACAAGGCCGCAUUGUCUAAAGGCAGUGGCCCUCAUGCUGCAAAUCAUGUUAUAGUGCCUCGCAAUCGCCCCAACUUUGUCCGGUUGCUUGAUUUUACGAAAGAUGUGAAUUCUGCAAUGGAAGCUGGCAAGAAAUCGCAGGAUGCGUUUGCAGCCGCCCAUGUCGAACUCAAAAAGUCUCAGAACAGAGACGCGAUUGAUUCAAUCAAGAGAGUUAUUGACUUUAGUUUUCAAGAUGUAGAGGAAUUCGCACGUUUGGUACGGCUUUCGUUUAGCUCCAUCAACCACCAAGGUGUUCGUGGCGAUAGAGACAAGUCGAGAUACGCACACUCUUCUAUCCCUGGCGCUACUGAAUCGGGUGAACAAAAAGAAAACGCAUAACGGCUAAUUGUAUACAAAAUGGGAUCACUUUCUCCAUACUUGUAAAAUCAUUUUUGAUUGCUUUUCUUUUCUUUUCUUCACAAGAUUAGGGCUCGAAACCCCGAUGUAAUGUCGGCCAGGAACGGAUUUUGUGAGCGUUAAAGCCACGAGAUUCGGAGCCCGAAUGAGAGGGCAGUUUAGAUAUUGUAGGUUAUAUAAAAGACUGAUAGUAUAGAUGAAUAUAGCCUUAGUGAAAUUUGACAUGUCAAUAUAGCUAGUUAUCACAGUCCAAAUAUUUAUAAACAUUUCAUCACCUUCCAAAUAUUUUGAUGUAUAUUUUUGUAUUAGUAACGUUCAUUCAAAAUCUAUAAAAAAAUCAGAAGCAUUGUUAA